CGAAGCCGUUCGCCUCCUGGUCACAUUCAGGCCCCUCCCCCGCGACGUUCGACGGCCAACCGGGGGGGGGGGAAUAACGGCAAGCCCUGCGGCCGGAAGUCCAGGAGAAGCUACCGAAAGGCGCGCCCGCCGUGGGGCGGCGUGCGACUCGUGGGGCGCUCAGCGGGUCACGUGCCUCUAUGUAACGCGAUGGGUGGAUGCUCCUUGCUCCUUUCGCCGUGAGGAACGAGGCGUGGCGGCUGCGGCUGCGAAGGUGGGCGUUGCGAGGCGGCCUUCGCCAUGUGCUCCGUGUUGCCCAGUCCGGGCAGCUCGAUCACUCUGCGCGUCUCCUUUGUGGAAAUUCACCCUGAGGCACCCCUGGUGAGGCUGUGGGGACUGUAUGGCGAGCGGAGGGAGGAAUACUUGCGGCUGAUGGAAGAGAUCCAGGCCAAAGUGGGGCCCCGCUUGGCGAGCGCCCCCGGUGGCAGCGGAGGACGAGGGGGCGGCGAUGGGGACGCCCUGGCUCUGGGCGACCUGUGCCUGGUGGAGCUGGGCGGGCGGUGGCACCGCUGUCGCGUCGUGAGCCGCCUGUGGGGCGCCGGCCAGGACUACCGCGUCUUCUUGCUCGACGAGGGUCGCACGGUGAGCGCUGGCUCCUACUACCUGGCGCGGGGCCGCAGCGAGCUCUUCCACCUGCCUUCCGAAGUGUUGGGUUGCAUCCUGGCAGACUUGGUCCCACCCGGCAGGAUCGGGGCGACUUUGGCGGCCGCCGCCGGGGAGUCAAAAGGCCUGGCUCCCCUCGGAUCAGGGAUGCUGAGCUUCAGCUGGACGGCUGGCGCAGUGGAGUUCCUGGGCUACCUGCAUGGGAAAGAAGUGACCGGUCUCGUCCGAGAGGUGCUCAUCCCACAGUGCCUUGUGGUGCUGGAGCUGCCCUGGCUACUGGCGCAGAUGCACCAUCUGGGGCUCGCCAGCCAAAUCUCUCCAAGCGCCUUCUCCGCCUUGCUCAAUACCUCCCUUGGAUGUACCGAUGGUGCCCCUGCUCCCUCAGAACCAUCUUCUUCCCAACCGCAUGCACCUGUCCCCACCACUGCUCCAUCCCAGCAGGAGCCUACCACUUUGGAUUACUUUUAUCCUAAGCUGGAGUUAAACAUGACAGAGCCUGUGUUGGUGACUCAGAUCUCUGAUCCCCACAAAAUUUAUUGCCAGUUGCGCAGCCUUUCCAAAGAGAUUCAGCUACUGUCAGAUGUCAUGUAUCAAGCUUUUGAGGCAUCCAAAGGAAAAGACCAACAAGAGCCCUUGCCUACCCCAGGCUCCCCUUGUGCAGCCCGGGGCAUAGAUGGUUGCUGGUAUCGUGCUCUACUGCUAGAAAUAUACACUGGGGAUGGCCCAGAGGAGGAGCCAGGGGCGGUGGCCCAAGUGAUUUGUGUAGAUUAUGGUAGGAAAGAGUUUGUGACAAAGAGAAAUCUGCGUAAUUUGCCAGUUGAGUGUUUUCGAAUGCCGGUGGUUACCUAUCCUUGCUCAUUGCAAGGUAUUACAGAUGGAGGCUGUGGCUGGGCCCAAUCACAAAUAAGUCAGCUUAAAAUGUUGAUGUUGAGCAAGGUAGUGCAAGCCCGCAUUGAAGCUUAUUGUCCCUUUGACCACCUCUAUUAUGUGACCCUCUAUGGAGAUGAUGGCCUGAAUCUUAACUGCUUCUAUGGGGUCCAAGCCCAUUGUCUGGCACAGAGUCUCCUGCACAGCAAUCAAGAGUAUACCUCUGACUUAGUGACUGAACUAGAGAGCAUAGGUGUCCCUGCCAAGAAGGAGUCUGGCUCGCUAUUGGGAGCACUGUCCCCACUUGCUGCUCCCCCACUUCCUGUUGUGCGUUUGAAGGCAGGAGAGUGUCAUAGGGCUCAAGUGUUCUUACUCCAAGAUCCCACAGACUUCUGGGUGCACCUCCAGGAACAUCGCCAGCCACUCUGUCGCCUGAAGCGGAACUUAAGUGACUUCUAUUCUCAGAGUAAGAAACUGGAAGGUAUUCUGCUGGAGCCCAAACCAGGAUCCCUGUGCUGUGUAAUGUUGAAGGAGAACUGUUAUCAUCGUGCCCUUGUCACCAAGGUGCAGGGGAAAGGGAUUGAAGUCUAUCUGGUGGACAGGGGAAACACAGAAAUAGUUGAUUUGUAUAAGGUGAAGGAGCUGCUUCCCCAGUUCAGAGAACUUCCUCCUGUAGCACUCAGGUGCACUUUGGCUAAUCCUUUUCCCCCAAGUCAGUCAUGGAGCCCAGAUGCUGUAGACUAUUUCAAGAAAGCUGUACUAAACAAGUUGCUGGUGAUCCAGGUCUUAGGCAUGCAAGAGGACAUUUACAUAGUUGAACUUUUUGAUCAUUCCCAAGCAGGAGAAAAAAACAUAGGCAAAAUUAUGUCCCAGCAAAAGUAUGCUGAGCAUCAUGAGACUAAAGUACUAGAAACUCUCCAGAAAAUGACUAAUGAGCCAUUGAGGAGGGGCUCUGGAGGAGAAAGCAUAGGGCGCAAGUCUGUGAGAGCAAGUUCAACAAAAUAUGAAACAGAGCCUGUACCACAAGAUAACAGUUCAGCCUCUUAUGCUUCUGAACACCUGCCCAGUGGAGGUGCGUCCUAUUUGCCAUGCAAAGCAUAUGCAAAAGAGGAUUCUAGCACUACCCAUACCCAAACCCCUUCACCCUAUGUUAUGCAAAACUACUCUGAAAUAAAGCCAGGGUUUUCUUGUGAAGGGCAGCUGGAAGUUGGAAGUACAGUAGAUGUGGUAGUAUCCUAUGCAGAAAGUCCUAGUCUCUUCUGGUGUCAGUUAGCUAAAAGUUCCCAAGACCUGAAGGCACUUAUGGCUAAAAUUCAGGAUUACUGUACUCAUUCAGCACAGCCCUAUGACUGGCCAAAUCCUGUAUGUUUGGCUAAGUAUUCUGAGGAUAAGAAGUGGUACAGAGCUCUUCUUAUUAGUAAAGUACAUUAUACUGAAGAGGUGGAAGUUGCAUAUGUUGACUAUGGGAAUAAAGAACUUGUUUCACUAAAGAAUAUCUGUGCAACUAAGAUAGAGUUUCUGAAGUUGAAAGCCCAGGCUUUCAGAUGUAGCCUUUACAACUUAAUUCAGCCAAAUGGUCAGGAUCCUUUCGUUUGGGAGGAAAAAGCCACUGAAGCUUUUCAUGAAUUUGUGGAUUCAGCAAGCAAAUUGGAACUGAAAUGUACCAUAUUUGCUUUAGCAGCAUUAAAUAAUACAGAUCUCAUUAAUAUAGUGGACUUGAUUACCCCUUUUGAAAGUGUAUGCCAUUUUUUAACAAGGAGGGGUCUCGCCAGAUGUGUACAGCCGCAAAAACCCCUGAUAUCUUCUCUUCAUCUCCUUUCAUACUAUUAUUCAACGCAUGAUGUUAAAAUAGGAAGUGAAGAGGUGGUUUAUGUCACACAUGUUAAUGAUCCCUGUCACUUUUACUGCCAGCUUGCUAGAAGUGCAAAUGUUCUCGGACAGUUAACUAGUAGUAUUGGUAAACUCAGUAAAAUGUGGCACAAUUUGCAAACAUCACAGGGCCCUGGAAAUGUGUAUCUUGCAAAGUAUACCGAUAGCUGCUGGUACAGGGCAAUAGUAACUUCAGCAAAAACUACCAGAGAAAUUUUCUUUGUGGAUUUUGGGAAUACACAAUUGUUAAAGAAUGAAGACCUAGUUCUAGUACCAAAUGAUGCUUAUGAGUUACUGCUUUUGCCAAUGCAAGCCAUAAAAUGCUCUCUCUCUGAUGUUGCUGAUGUUCCAAAAGGUGCUGCUGUGUGGUUUGAAAAAGCAGUACUAGAUAAGCCCUUAAAGGCUUUAAUUGUAGCAAAAGAACCUGAUGGAAAACUCAUCAUUGAACUAUAUGAUGGUAAGAUGCAGAUCAAUGCAAAACUGAAGGAGAGUUUGCAGUGCAGCAGAGGGACAGCCAGAUAUACAAAAAAUGAUUCAUUUUCUAGAUAUCCACUCAGGGAAGCAAAUGCUGAAAAAAGGCCAUCUUUGAUAGAAAUUGAUAAACCUGCCACUGAGGUCAAGAGGUGGAGCACUGAACAUCUGGAAAUGGUGGGCAGUAGCAAACAGAGUGCUGUAUGUAGAGAAGCAAGACAGUACCAGCAGAAAACGAAAAGGGUGACAGCAAGUAAGUUUCCUGGACCAAUGGAAAGAUUUAAUGGAAGUGAUCCCGUAGCAGGUAGGAAGGGCAGAGAUUCUGUGCUAAACAGAGAGGAAACACCUGAUAACUUCAAAAGCAGAAAUCAAACUGAAACUAAUAUACACUCUUCACUUAGAAAUAUUUUUGAUUUACCUCAAAAAAUCAUAAAUCCUGGUCUUAAAACUUUGGUGUACGUUUCUCAUACAAAUAAUCCUUCUGACUUUUAUGUUCACCUCGUAGAGGAUGAGCCUUUGCUUGACAGCAUUUCAGAGAAACUUAAUAAUACUAAUACAGUUGAGAGCCUAAAUGGGCAGCAGCUUCACAUAGGAGACUUAAUGUGUGCAGUGUUUUCAGAAGAUGGCUUAUGGUACCGAGCUGUAGUCAGUGAAGAGCCCUCUGGUGAACUGGUGAGUGUGCAGUAUAUUGAUUAUGGCAAUACCGCGCUGGUUAGCAUUUGCAAAACAGGUAGACUCCUCAAAGACUGUGCAUCAUUCCCAGUGAUGAGCGUUCAUUGCUCAUUAGGUGGAGUGCAGACCACAGAGCUUUCAGAAUGGGCACAGGAAGCAGUGCUGUAUUUCUCCCAAAGGACAAGUGACAUUCAGCUGAACUGUGAAUUUGUGGAGAAAAUUAAAGGCAAAUGGGAAAUUAAUCUGUGUGACAGAGAUGGCAGUGUAACAGUGGGUUUGGUUAACAGUUCCCCUGCAUGCAAAAAACCUCUCUUGGUGAAGACAUCUGACAAUAGAGAGAGUAACACUGAUCUGAUAAACCUGUAUGAAGCUGUUGUUUCUGAUAAUUAUAGCAAACCUUCUAAUAUGCCAGAUGCCAAAUCAUUCCUCUGGAAGAUUCCUAAGGUAGGUCAAACUGUAAAAACUUUUUCAAUAGUUGCAAAGAGCCCAGGAUAUUUUUGGUGCCAAUUUGCUGAUAAAGCUGAUAUUGGUUCAAUUGAAAGAAAGCUUCAGGAAGCUGGAGAACUUAUGGUAAUCAGUGUGGAGAAUAUCAGAAGUGGCUGCCCCUGUCUAGCAAAACAUGGUGAAGAUAAUACAUUUUGCCGAGCAAUUAUUUGCAGUGUAGAGGGGGAAACAUUGAGAGUAAUUUAUAUUGACUAUGGAACUGAGGAACUUAUCAGUACAGAGAUGAUCAGGCAAAUUUCUGAUGAACUGUUAGCAAUACCACCUCAAGCGUUUCUGUGUUGUCUGUUUGGCUUCAAUUCUGUAGAAGGUUCAUGGACUGAAGGAAUAGAUAAGAUCUUCUGUGAUAUGGUGGUGGAUUCUCUGUUGGAUACUACAGUCAUAGAAAGACAAAACCAAGGUCCUUUUGUAAUCCCUCUAUUUGUUGUUAAAUUGGAGUGUCAAAAAAUAAGCAUCAAUGAACAAAUAAAACCCUUUUGGGAGUUUAAUGUUGAGGACAGUGUCUCAGCCUUGGCAAAUAUUCUGAAACCUGAAGAACAGAUCAGAGAUGGAGAGGAAACUGUAAUUUCUUCUUGUGCACUAAUGGGUCCAAAAGAUACUAUUGGUGUAGAUGAUCUGUUAUGCUGUUCAAAGGCAUUCCAACCACUAGAUAAGUGCUUAGUUGCUGCAGGGAGUAGUAUUUCAUUAGAAACAUUUCCUUCAACUUCACCCAAAUAUCAAACCAAGCACCACCAAACCACUUUUGAAGCAUUUGACACAGGGGACCUACAAGCUGUGUUUGAAACAUUUAAAAAUGAAGCUGAUCAUUCUGCAUUUGAAAAAGAAAGGGGUACACCAAAUCCUGCAAAUGUUUCUGAAAUGCAACUUCAUGCUGGUAGUGAAACCGAAGUGUUAGAACGAGACCUUUCUGAAACUCGGAAAGAGACUGAAGACCAGACAGAAAUGUUAACAUUGGAAAUACUUAAAAUACAGCAACAUUUGGAUGACACACAGGGUGUGACAGAUUCAGUGCCCUUUAAGGUGGUGCCUUCAUCAGAUACCAAGCAGCUGCCAUUAGAAUGGAAGAUGCACUCGUUUGGAGAUAGACUGGAGACAACUGAAGGGAAACCCCCCUUACGUGAUGAAACACAAGAGAGAUCAGAAUUGGAUUUGCUUGAGAUAGAACAUGUAGAAGGGGACUUAGAACAGAGGCCUUCAUUAAAGGUUGAAACUGACUGUUUACUGUUGGAGCUGGUCACACCUGAAGUGCAUCCUUUGCAAGCUGACGGAAGCGAGGAAGGUAUGCUACCAUUGGAACUGCCUGCAGAUAAUCAAAUCCAGUUAUCAGUGUCAGAUUUCUCUUGCAAUGAAGACCUUACGAAAAUGUACAAAACAGGGCAAGAAAGCAAAAAAGGCAGUGGUCUGGAAAGGCAAACUCUGCUGAAAAAGAACUAUGUAGAAACACAGAUGUGCCAUGGCUUGUGUGAAAGAUUUAAAGAGAGCAAUUUUGUUGGAGAGGAUUCUUUGAGAAGUGCACUGUUAGAUGAUGAAGCAGUUGAAAUUUCAAGUCACAAUAAGGAAAAAAGUGAAACCACUUGCAACUUAAAGGGAUUUGAUAUUGGUUCCAAAUGCAUGGUGUGGUCAGGUGUUCAUUGGUACAAGGCUCAGAUUUUAGGUGUAUCUGCCGAAGGUACGAAGGUUUUGAAUCUUUCAAGUGGAAAUGAAGAGGUAGUAAGUCCUAUUGAUGUUUGGAAUCGGAUUCCUGAGCAGGAUUUAAGUCUAACUGAGAUACUAGACAACAAAGUUGAUGCUGUGCAUUCAACUGCCAAGCUACCUGUUGGUGCAAAAGUGAAAGAAGUGAGUGCUGUUUCAGAUGUCAGUACUGAUCCUCCUGUGUUGUGACAAUUGCGCUGAAAUUACACCUGAGAGAUGGAAGAGUCCUACACACAAGCUUUUCUAAUGUUGGUAUUGAUGGCAAGAGUUAAAUGGACAUAUCCUGUCCCAACCAGGAACAGAGGGCCACUUACGAGUUUUUAGAGUGUGCUCCACACACGUACAUUUAUCAUAGUUUUCUAAUGGUACCCUUUUGCAAAUCUCAGAUAGUGUUCAUUAUCUUAAAUGUCUAAGACUGUUUAAGCUUUGGAGUUUCUUUGUAAAAGAAAUGCACAUAUUUUGAGUGUGUACUUCCAUUUAAAAAAACUUGUAAAAAAAAAACCUAACGAUAUGAAAGGUUUUGUUUUUCCUUUUUUGUUUUAAUGAAACCAAGAAUAAAGCUUAUAAUGUGGACAGUA